AUGCACAGUCGUCUGCAGGAGCUCAGGAAAGAAGCAGAAACUCUCCUGAAGCUGAAGGUCACUUUGCAAGACCAACUCAACAGACUCAAGUUGAGUUGUGUGUUUGUUGUGUGUCAUGUGUUUGUGUUGGUGCUGUGUCUGUCUGAGGCUCAGGACUUCGACUGGACCAACACCAAGCAGCAUGGAUCCUUCUAUUACGGCACUUUUCCAACUGGAUUUUCGUGGGGAGCCGGCAGCUCCGCGUAUCAAACCGAAGGAGCCUGGGACAAAGAUGGAAAAGGUCUGAGCAUCUGGGACGUUUUCUCCCACAAGAACGGAAAAAUCCAACAGAACCAGACCGGAGACUCGUCCUGUGAAGGAUACUACAAAGUCAAGGACGACGUGGCUCUGAUGAAGGAGCUGAAGUUGAAUCAUUACAGGUUCUCGGUGUCGUGGCCGCGCCUCAUCCCCACCGGAGUCAAGUCGGACCACGUGAACGACAGAGGAAUCCAGUACUACGACGAGCUCCUGGACACGCUGCUGGAGAACGACAUCACGCCCAUCGUCACGCUCUACCACUGGGACCUGCCGCAGGUCCUGCAGGAGAAGUACGGCGGCUGGCAGAACAUCAGCAUCAUCAACCAUUUUAACGACUUCGCCAAUUUGUGUUUUGAGAAAUUUGGGAAUCGGGUGAAGUACUGGAUCACCUUCAACAACCCCUGGUCUGUGGCGGUGGAGGGAUACGAGACGGGAGAACAUGCUCCUGGUCUGAAGCUGAAGGGCACCGGGGCCUACAGAGCCGCACAUCACAUCAUCAAGAUCACAGCUAAAUGUCUGGUUCACACGUACGACGCUCAGUGGAGACAAAAACAGAAAGGAGUUGUGGGCAUCUCUCUGUCCGGUGACUGGGGUGAACCUGUGGACAUCACAAACCAGAAGGACGUGGAGGCGGCUGAGAGAUUCGUGCAGUUUUAUCUGGGCUGGUUCGCCACCCCGCUUUUCCACGGAGACUAUCCACAAGUCAUGAAGGAUUUUAUCGGCAGGAGGAGUGUGCAGGAGGGUCUUGGAUCUUCUCGUCUCCCGACCUUCUCUCCUCAGGAAAAGUCUUAUAUCAAAGGGACGUGUGAUUUUCUGGGCGUCGGUCACUUCACCACACGAUACGUCACCCACAAGAACCACCCCCCCCCGGCGCCGGGUUACCGCGGCGACAGCAGUUACUUCCUGGACCGUGACCUGGCGGAGCUGGUGGACCCGCGCUGGCCCGACCCCGGCUCCGAGUGGCUCUACGCCGUCCCCUGGGGCUUCAGACGCCUGCUCAACUUCGUCAAGAGUCAGUAUGGAAACCCCAUGGUCUUUGUGACGGAAAACGGCGUCUCAGAGAAGAUGCGGUGCACGGAGCUUUGUGACGAGUGGAGGAUCCAGUAUUUGAAAGAUUAUAUCAACGAGAUGCUCAAAGCCAUCAAAGACGGCGUGAACGUGAAGGGCUACACGGCCUGGUCUCUGCUCGAUAAGUUCGAGUGGGAUGAAGGUUUCACCGAGAGGUUUGGUCUUUUCUACGUCGACUUCAGAAACAAAGACAAAGCUCGUUACCCCAAAGCCUCGGUUCAUUUCUACAAACGCAUCAUCAGCUCCAACGGCUUCCCCAACCAGAGAGAGGAACAGAGGAACACUGCUGCCAAUAUUCUCAGACUAAUCCAUGAUCCUCUGACGAGCCACAUGGAGAUGGUGACUGAGAUCGUGGUCCCGACCGUGUGCACUCUGUCCAUCCUGAUCAGUGCAGUUUUCCUCAUGUUUCUGUUGAGGAGGCGGAGCUAA